CAAUCACAAUUUGCAGCCAUGGAGAAAAACCUUUCUUGCAUUUUGCAGUAUGCAUUCCUAAUCACCAUAACCUUCCCAAUGCUUUCUUCUGAAUCCAAACAACCUCUGAGCCUUGCAACUGAUCAAACUUCCCUUCUUUCACUCAAACAUACAUCUCUUUUACUUGCAACUAAUUGGACCAACUCCACCUCCGUCUGCACCUGGAUUGGCGUCACUUGCAGCUUGCGCCACCACAGAGUAGCUGCCUUGAAUCUCUCCAACAUGGCUCUCUCCGCCACCAUUCCACCGCAGCUAGGAAACCUCUCCUUCCUCGUCUCCCUCGACCUCACCAACAACCUUUUCUAUGGGGAUUUGCCACAGGAACUGUCUCUCCUUCGCCGUUUGAAGUUCAUAUCUUUCCGACUCAACAACUUCACCGGAGACAUUCCUCCGAUGUUGGGUCAGUUACCAAAAUUAGAGUACUUGUCUUUACGCAACAACAGCUUCAUAGGUUCCAUCCCAAAAUCUCUCUCAAACCUCACAAACCUACAAUUUUUUGACUUAUCUUCCAAUUCUCUAAGUGGAGAAAUUCCAAAAGAGUUUGGGAGACUUCAAAGUCUACAAACUCUAUCAGUUCGAUUCAAUCGUCUAUCCGGUGCAAUACCAUCAGCCAUAUUCAACAUGUCGACCUUGGUGACUAUAGAUUUGACAGGCAAUGAAUUGAGUGGAAGUCUUCCAACACACAUGUGCAGUAAUCUUCCACUUCUUACUAAGCUUGGUCUUUCUGACAAUCAGCUGAGUGGCGCGAUUCCCACAAAUCUAUCCCAAUGUUCAGGGCUUGAGGUGUUGAGCCUCUCUUACAACUCUUUUAGUGGGGAGAUACCUUCAGAAAUCGGCUACUUAACAUCUCUUCAGUUUUUAGCUCUUGGUGGCAACAAUUUGAAUGGAAUACUACCACAUGAGAUUGGCCAUCUUCAGAGUCUGGUUACUUUUGGUGCUGAAAAGAAUCAGAUUGCGGGCUCAAUUGAUUUCAAUAUUUUCAUGAAUAUGUCUUCUCUGCAAAACUUAACACUAUCGCGUAAUAAAUUCACGGGGAACCUUUCAAGGGAUGUCGGGAAUAUUACCAUGCUAACAAAGUUACAACUCCAAGAAAACCAUUUUACAGGGCUUAUUCCCACUGAAUUUGGCCAACUUUACCAUUUGGAGACAUUAGACCUACAAUUGAACAGCUUGAGUGGUUCGAUUCCACAUGAGCUCUUUAACAUUUCAACUCUUCGGAUUCUUGGACUUAACGGCAAUGCUCUGUCAGGGGUUCUUCCAACCCAUUUAUGCCAUGCCUCUUCCUUUCUAAAACAACUUUAUCUUGGCGACAACUCUAUCACCGGAGAAAUACCCAACGCUGUCUCUAACUGUUCUCAACUCACAAUUCUCUCACUUCAUUAUAACAAAUUCAGUGGUUAUAUACCUGCUCAUCUUGGCAACCUAAGAUUUCUUCGAAAACUUGAACUGCUCAGAAACAAUCUUACCCAGGCGCCAUCUUCUUCCUUCAUUACUUCAUUGACAAAUUGCAGGUCUCUAACUGGUUUGUCAAUGGGUGAUAAUCCUCUAAAUGGUGUCAUUCCAGCUUCUGUCGGGAAUUUAUCUUCCUCACUUUCAACAUUCUAUGCCGGCAACUGCAAAUUCAGAGGCAGCAUUCCAGUUGAAAUAGGCAAUUUAAGCAAUUUGAUUACAUUGGCUUUGCAAGCCAAUGAGUUAUCUGGUAAUAUUCCACUAACUAUAAGCCAUUUGCAUCAACUUCAAGGAUUACUUCUGUCUCGUAACAUGUUGGGAGGCUCAAUACCACAUGCUAUAUGUGAUCUAUUCCGCCUCGAUACUUUAGGUAUGAGGCGGAAUAAAUUUUCAGGCCCAAUUCCUAAAUGUCUAGGAAAUGUCUCUUCUUUAAGAAAUCUUUAUCUAGACUCCAACAUGUUGAAUUCAAACAUACCUUCAAGUUUAUGGGGCCUAAAAGAUUUGAACUCUCUAGACUUGUCCUCGAAUUCAUUGAAUGGAUCCUUACCUGAAGAGAUAAGUAACUUAGGAGGAGCAAUAUAUAUAAACCUAUCGAUGAAUCACUUGUCAGGGUCAAUUCCGAGAAAUAUCGAGAAGUUGCUGAAUUUGGUUAAUCUGUCUUUGGCAAAUAAUAGACUAGAUGGUUCUAUUCUUGUGUCUAUGGGAAGCAUGAUCAGUUUGGCAUAUCUCGACUUGUCGUACAACAACCUCUCUGGUUCAAUUCCAAAGUCUUUAGAAGCACUUCAACACCUCGACUACUUUAAUGGUAAUGAGGCAUUGUGUGGAAUCCCCAAGUUCCAUGUCCAAAUUUGCUCUUCAAUUUCUAAUCACAGAUCAAAGAGAAAGAAGGUGGAACGAGCUUCAUUUAUUGUUUUCGGGGUUGUGGCUUUCAUCUCAGUUGUUUCUUUGGCCUUUAUAAUUGUCAGAAACAAAAGGAAAGAUAAGACGACUAGAGAAGUUGAUGAGUUGAUAUUCAUUGUGCCGGAAAGAAUCUCUUAUUAUGAACUGCUGCAAGCAACAGAAAGAUUCGAUGAAAGCAAUUUACUUGGCACUGGGAGUUCUUGCUCUGUUUAUAAAGGAAUUCUUAACAAUGGGAAGGAUAUCAUUGUCAAGGUGUUUGAUAUGCAGCUAGAAGGUAUUUCAAGAAUAUUCGAUGUCGAAUGUGAGAUACUACGUAGCAUUCGACAUAGGAAUCUGAGAAGCGUUAUAAGCAGUUGCUCCAAUGAAGAGUUCAAGGCAUUAGUACUUGAAUAUAUGCCAAAGGGAAACCUUGAAAAAUGGUUAUAUUCCCACAACUAUUGCUUGAAUAUGAUGGAAAGAUUGAAUAUAAUGAUUGAUGUUGCAUCUGCUUUGGAGUAUCUUCACCACGGUUAUUCAAUGCCCAUUGUCCACAGCGAUUUGAAGCCGAGUAAUGUGCUGUUAGAUGAAGACAUGGUUGCCCAUGUAAGCGACUUUGGAAUAGCAAAGUUGUUAUGCGAUGGAGAUAGCUUUGUGUUAACCAACACGCUAGCAACAUUGGGUUACAUCGCUCCAGAGUAUGGUUUGGAAGGGCUAGUUUCAACAAGGUGUGAUGUGUAUAGCUACGGGGUGAUGUUGAUUGAAACUUUUACGAGAAAAAGGCCUAGUGAUGAUAUGUUUUGCGGAGAUAUGAGCUUAAAGAGAUGGGUAGAAAUCUCACUUUCAGAUGAAGUGAUAGAUGCCAACUUAGUCAUGAAUUUGGAGGAAGAAAUGAUUGACAAGAAUAUGAAGUGUGUAUCAUCCAUACUCGAAUUGGCUUUGAAAUGCUCUGCCGACUCUCCCGGGGAUAGAAUCAACAUGAAACAAGCACAUGCAGAGUUGCAGAAAAUCAAACAUCUAUUUUCCCAAUGA